GGGGCCCUCUUUAUCAAUCGAGGGCCCCCCGCCCCAUUCUAUAGGGUCCUUUUCUCUCUAGCCUAUUUGAUUUGGACUCGUCGGAACGAACGAAUAGAGCAGAUGGUCCAACCGCAGAACUUAUUCUUUUCCAUUACUUCCAUGGUCGUGCCUCGUGGCACGGCAGCACCCGUACUAUUGAAAUGGUUCGUCGGUAGAGAUGUUCCCACAGGUGUUCCUUUUUCCAGUGGCACUAUAAUCCCUAUCCCCACAUCUCCCUUGCCCCCUCUAGUCUAUCUACACCCCAGGGGAUUCCGCUCUAUGGACGGUAGAGUGUUGGUUGGAGCGAGCCGCCCUCUUCUAUUACCAAACAGAUCUAUUGCCCACUAUAUCUCUCCUCCCCAUAGAAUAGUAGGGGCCCGGGUGGGAGGGAACUCUAGUACGGGAAGCUCCCAAACUAGAGCUAAAGCAUCAUUUUGCUCCGUUCUCCUUCUCCACUUCCUCCUUCUCGGAUUCAUGGGAGACUUGUCAUAUCCAGAAUCUUUCCGCGGUGUGCUCUGUUUACUAUUCUCCCGCACCCUUAUCCUACCAUACUCGAAUGGGCGGUUAGCGAUUGGGCCCCACCACCCCCACUACAGAGAGGGGGUCGUCGAUCGCUACCGGAAAGCUCCAAUGGAUAUGAAUCUUUCGCAUGGAGGAGUUUGCAUUUUCAUCAUAGGUGUUAUUUUGUCCAGCACGAGAAAGAUACAGUUUACUCAACGAUUGCCUUUGGGUUCCGAACUCCAUAUGGGGAAGGAGCGUUGUUGCUUGCGGGGUCUCGAUUCUCUGCAUGGACCCACUUUUCAUCCCAUUUGUGGGAAUUUGAUGAUCCAUAAACCGGGUUCGCUCUCGCGAUUACGUAUGAAUGGGCAUGAUGAAUCACUUCGUGCCAUAAUCGAUAUGUUGCCCCCUACUAUUUAUAACCCUACUCGAGAAAGGUGGGGGGCGGAUCAUUUUCUGAGAUCGUGGUGGAUAAAGAAUCGCGGACAUAAGAGUUUCUGGUUGACAAUGUUCCCGGAAAAGAGAUACUCUCUCUCCAUUCGAGAAACGACGAGCACGACUAAAGCGGCUAUACAUACAAAUCCAUUGACGGAUCCAUAUGCUCCGAUUGGAACUGGAGGUUUCGAAACAGGCGGCUGGUAUACCACCACGAUGAAACCGCCUUCUAUUCUUCGCAUUCGGAUAGGAUUUCUGUUGGCUCCCCCGGGAGGCUUGCGCAGUUCGUUACGUCAGCUCCAGAAGGAUAAGUCGCAUCGGAAUCGAAUUCCGGUUCGUAAUCGCAUAAAUCAUCAAUCCGCAGCCCCCCCCCACCGCCCAGAAUGGGGCCCCCCCACCAGUCAAGCCCAUUAGAAUAGUAGGGUUAGAAUAGUAGGGCCCACCCAACAACAACUAAUCUACCUCAACUGCCCCUGGCGCCCCAAUAUAGUAUAAGGGCCUCCGGAUUUUCAAUCACCCAGCAGAAUUAAUUCAAACUAUAGGAAACUGCCAAUUGAAAAGAGUAGGCCCCGGGCGGGGGAAUUGUUACUCUAGCCCCCUACAAUCGAGCUACCUCCGCCAUUAAUGUACGCCCCAUAGAAUUGGGCGGGGCCCUUCGACAUAGUAGGGCGCAAAUAUCGAGACCCUCCCCCCUACUAUGUCGAAGGGCCCCUUAAAACUCCCCAGCCGAAUUGGUCAAUUAAUGUACGCCUGCUAGAGUGACGGGGCUGGGGGCUCCUCGAAUUAACCCCCCCCCCUACAAUUUUAUGGGCCCUGCUAGAUUAAUAAAGAGGGUCUCGACCUACCCCCAGCCGGGGGCUGGGGGCGCCCCUACUAUGUCGAAGGGCCCCCGGCUGGGGCUGAUUAAUGGCAGUGGGCCCCUACUAUUCUAUGCUGGAGGAUAUAGUUGCUUCAUAAUGUGCUCUGGCAUAGAAUAGUAGGGGCCCACCCUGCAGAAUUCUAAUUGUAGUGCCCUCCCCCCAUCUAUAGCCUCCCACCCACCACUAUCGAGCCCCGGUUCCCACCCAACCCGGGAAUUCUAGUUCGCCCUCCCACCCCCUCCCACAACUUGAAUUCGUCAAUGGCAUCAGUGCCCUACAAUUCUAUGGAUGCGUUCAUUAAUUAACCUGCACUCGAUAGUUGCUAGAAUCGCCCAUAGAAUUGGGCGGGGGCCCGAGCAGCUUGCUAGAGUAACAAUUCUAGUUGGUGGGAAGGGAUUCCCCUACUAUUCUAAGGGGGCGGGCCCCUACAAUUCGGCUGGCUCGGGGGAACUAAAGAUUCCUAUGCAGGGGCACCCUAGUCAAGCUUCAUCAGAAUAAUGAAGUGGGCCCUACGGCGUGUGUGGGCCCGCAUUAGCCUGCUAGAAGAAUUGAAUAGUAGGGCCCCGCCCGGGGGCAUAACCGGGGGGAGGUAGAUUACUACAA